AUGUCGAAGAAACACAGGAUUCCAAAUAAUAUACCAAUAUCCAACCGACCACCCGAUGAGUUUCAACUCAUAAAAAGCGAAGUGGAUACGUUUGUACAGAAUUUUAACGAAAUAUCUGAUUUAAAGGUUGAAAGCGCCGAUACAUUUAAGGUUUUACCAAAGAUCAAACGACAGGCGUUUCAUGUUGAUAAAUCAGUGCCCAAAUUAAAGAAAAACGAAAUAGCAAAGGAGGUUAAACAAAGGAAACAAAACACAGUUGACACCUUUGAAGAUGUGGAGACCUUUGUAGAUGAUUUUAGUUUUAGUAAUAAUAACGAUUUGCAAUCGCUUUUAGUGAUGAUGACACUUUCAUCUAAUUAUAAUGAUGACGUUAGUGUCGAGGAUGAUGGUGACAUAGAACGGACAGAAAACUAUCUUUAUCCACAAAUUGACAAUCAACUUGAAGAAUAUGACACUGAACGUAAUGCGGAAAUAACUGAUAUUUUAAAAAUCUCCUCUUUUAAAAAAGAAAACACAGAUCAUAAACACAAUAUAGCAAGAAUAUAUGUUGAUAAAUGGAAAAUGUAUGUAAAAAUAAAAACCGAAAACAAGUUGAAACACACAAGAAAAGAGGCCGUUGAUAAAUUUUUAGAUAAACUCAAACAAGCCAAAAACAGUAUAGAGCCUGAAGAUCGAGCUAAAAUGCUUGUUCGAGAUUACAAUAGUUAUCAUCACAGGUACAAGAUGCAAAAGCACAUAAUUGCGUUACAGAAAGCUAAACUUGAGCAGCAAAAUAAAGUAAUAGAGGAAUUGAAAUAUAAUAAAAUAAUCGAAGCUUCAAAGCAGUCAUUGAGUUGUAUGAAAGAUGAAGUGCGGAAAACCUAUUAUGAAAUCGACAAACAUUUGAAACCUAAGAUAAAAUGUUUAACGAAUGAACUCAACAUUACGGAAAUAGAAGAGCCCUCAUUGGUUUUACAAUGUUUAAAAGUGCCAAAAUUUUUACAAAGGAUGGAAGCAAGAGCGCGCGAAAGAGACGAAAAACAUGCAGUAAUAAGAGAAAGGCGUAAACAAAUUGAGGAAGAAAAGUUAAGACUAAAGCAGCAGGCAGAGCUGGCAAAGGCUGAAAUGGAUAAAGAGGAAAAAACUAAACGCAUAAAAGACUUGAAACAAAAAAGAAGAAAGGAAAAAAUUGAAAACAUACGUAAAAAGCAACACGCAGAAAGAAUGAGAGCACUAAUGGUUAUGGCCGAUUUACAUUACGAAAAGAGCUUAAUGAUACGAUACGGUGUGCGCCCAUUUCAGAUUUUAAUACAAAUAAAACGGGACAACCUAGAUCGAGCGAAGGCGCAUUACAAAUUUCAAUUAAUUAAAAAUAUAUUUUUACAUUGGAUGUUUUAUACGGAGGAUAUGUGGUUUGAGAGAAAUUUUACAGCUGAGGAACAUUAUAGAAAAAAGGUUUUAAGGCGAGCAUUUGAUUCUCUAAAGAAGAAUCAUUACAAUUAUAUCGUGAAGAAGCAAGUCGCCGAAGAUUACUACGAUUUGUAUGUAACUCAAUUAGUUUUUAGAAAGUUUUGCGAGGGCAUCAAUGUCGUUAAACAAGAGAUUGAAUUAAAAUGGAUAGCAGCUGUUAAGUAUCACAAUUGUAAUGUUAUUUUCAAGACUUUCACAUGUUGGAGGGCGUUGCCUGCGUUGAAUGCGCUCAAGCGAGACCAAGAGGCUCGCAAACGUAAAUGGAGACAGAAAGUCAUGCUGGUACUACCAGAUUAUAGCCCCCCAGAAGACUGA